GACGUGUACACUCAGUUUAAGGCCAACAUGACAAAUUUAAACAAAUUAGUGCGAAAUACGGACAGUUUACUAAAAUUUCGCUUGUCGAUAUAUUUCUUAGCUUUCGCGCAUUUAGUGAUUAUGUCCAUAAGGUUACUACUAGUUAAAGACUUUGAGAAUUCCGAAGACGAGACAAUACGAGUGUAUGCAAAAUCUAAGUGGAAGCUAAUAACAACUUGGUUUAAUUUGCUGUCAUUUGGAUACAUACCUGUUUGCAUAUAUUGUGAUUUGCGAGAAUUAAAAGAAAAUGGAACAAAACACUUGAAAAUGUUUAUGGGAAUUCGAGAUUUUCUAUUCACAAGCUUCGUUUUGCCGACAACUGCUUUUGCUGAUAUUCUGUUCUGGAGGCUUUGGUAUCAUGACAGAGAGCUGAUGUUCCCGCAAUCGGUGGACAAUGUGAUAUAUUACUGGGAGCAGCACAGCUUGCAUACAUUAUCCCUGGUUUUCGUCAUUUUCGACCUCUUAUUUGUAAGGCGGGAGAGACCUAAGAGUAUGGUACCAGGAAUUAUAGCAAUGCUGGGAUUUAUUAGUCUUUAUAUCGCUGUGUGUGUACACAGUGUGGCAAACGAAGAAUACCUUUAUCCCGUUCUGAAGAAGUUCUCCCCCUCCAAGUUAUUAGUUUUAACCAUUUACACCUUAACAUCAGUCUUGUUUUACCACACUGGCCAGUGGCUAGUUAUAGACUUUAUAAAUGGACAUCAACGGAGAUUAAAGAAAAAUGUUUGAGUAAUAUAA